CCACACAGCGUCGGCCAAUGAGCGCCGAGUAUUUGAGUAGGUGGCGCCCGCCCACAGGUAGGCAGGUCUCUGGGCUGAGAGGCUUCGCUCACAGCGCCUCCGUACUAGAGAACUAGAAGCUUCUUGAGGUUCCUCACUCGGAGGGUGUCUCCCGCUUGGUGUUUAAAAAUCUCCGGCUCCGCUCGGCCCGUGUCCAGUGCCGUGGCCAGCUCUGCGCUGUGCCGUCCUACACUCCGCGCUGUCUCCCGUUUGCUUCGUUCUGCCCUCCUCCCGUUCAUCGCACCCAAGGGCGAGCAGCGUUGUGUUUAUGUCUUUAUUGGACGAAAACGAGCUGUUGCGCAGCCAUUGGUACCUGUAUUGGGGAAACAUAGCCUACAAACAAGAAGCUCACAGCCUCGGUGGCGAAAUUAUUUUCAUGUCAGAGACCGAGAACUCUUGCAGUCGUUUAUGUCAUCCAGUCUUCUCCAGACAGAAGAUACCAAAAAGUUGUAAUCAAAGAGCUUUUCCUCAUAUUGAAAGAGCUACUAAUAAACCAAAAUGUCUGUCAACGUCAACCGCAGUGUUUUGGAUCAGUUCUAUCGGUACAAAAUGCCCCGUUUGAUUGCCAAGGUAGAGGGCAAGGGAAAUGGAAUAAAGACAGUAAUAGUCAACAUGGUUGACGUUGCAAAGGCGCUUAAUCGGCCUCCAACGUAUCCCACCAAAUUUUUUGGUUGUGAGCUGGGAGCACAGACCCAGUUUGAUGUUAAGAAUGACCGUUUCAUUGUCAAUGGAUCUCAUGAGGCAAAUAAGCUGCAAGACAUGUUGGAUGGAUUCAUUAAAAAGUUUGUUCUAUGUCCCGAGUGUGAGAACCCUGAAACUGAUCUGCAUAUCAAUCCCAAGAAACAAACAAUAGGUAAUUCCUGCAAAGCCUGUGGUUAUCGGGGCAUGCUGGACACCAACCAUAAGCUCUGUACUUUCAUUCUCAAAAAUCCACCAGAGAACACAGACAGUGUUACAGGCAAAAAAAAGGAAGACAAGAAAAACAAGCGGGUCAAAGAAAAUGGUGCUGUAGAGAAAAACGAGACUGCCGUUCUAGCAGAAUUAAAUCCUCCACGUGUUGAUGGAAAGGAGGAUGAUGAUGAAGACUGGGGAGAAGACACAUCCGACGAAGCUCAGAGGCGCAGAAUGGAGGAAAUAAGUGAACAUGCAAAAAAUCUCACUCUGAGUGAGGACUUGGAGAGACCCGUGGAGGAAAGAGUAAACAUGCUUUUUGACUAUGUGAAGAAAAAGAAGGACGAAGGUAUUAUCGAUUCUUCUGACAAAGAGAUUCUGGCUGAAGCUGAAAGACUUGACGUAAAGAUUUUCGGACCUUUGGUCUUAACUGAAGUUCUCUUUGAUGACAAGAUUAGAGACCAGAUAAAGAAAUACCGACGACACUUCCUACGUUUUUGCCACAACAACAAGAAAGCACAGAGAUACCUACUCAAUGGCUUUGAGUGCGUUGUGCAUAUGCACCAGGCACAGCUUCUCUCAAAAAUACCACAUACAUUAAAGGAAAUGUAUGAUGCAGAUCUCUUGGAAGAAGAGGUGAUCUUCAGCUGGGCUGAGAAGGCAUCAAAAAAAUACGUCUCUAAAGAGCUUGCCAAAGAUAUAAGGGUGAAGGCAGAGCCCUUCAUUAAAUGGUUGAAGGAAGCUGAAGAGGAGUCUUCUGGAGAUGACGAUGAUGAGGAAGAUGAAAAUAUUGAGGUUGUAUAUUCGACGAGCGUGAGCGUUCCUAAAGUGGAGACUAUAAAGUCGCCUGUCGAGAAGGACGAUGAUAUUGACAUCGAUGCCAUUUAAAGUUCACAUAAAGAAGUUCACCUCUUGCUUUUUCUGCCUGAAGUGCGACAUGUAUGUGAAUGAGCUGCACUAGCUGAACAUCGCUCUACACUUUUGUAGGCUUGGUUUCUUUCUACUGUGAUUUGGUCUUUUAAUAACUAAGCUUCACUAAUUAAAAGUGCAUAGAACAAUGA